CUCCAUGCUGUGCCAGACUGUGAUCUGUUAAUCAGAGUAAUUGGCGCCGUCAUGGCCACCGACACGUUGAACCGGCCCGCCAGAAGCGUACUCAGGCACGCUUCAACCAUCAUCCAGAUCCUGUGGUCGGCUCUCUGUUGGUGUCGGCUGUGCGGGCAAGAAGAACUCCAUUCGCACCGCACGGGAUCUGACCUGUGGCACCAAAGGCACUGCAGUACAACCAGGUGGGGGUGCUGCGUGCAGCAAAGCUGCGGUACUCUUACUUUCCCAUGAUGCAUAGACUGCGUUGUCGAGGAUUGAUGGUGGUGGUGAAGAGUGGAGUGCCCACCAUCUUGAGCUGCAGGUCGAGGCUGCCGAUACGAGGCGGGUCG